UUAUCAGAUUCACUGCGCCAACUCUGAUGCCCGCGAGCAGCUGAUCGUUUGGACCCACUUAGUACCGAUUUCUUUGUGGGUGAAAAUCAGCUUUCAGUGUUCUCCGUUGCGGCAGAGGACAAAGGUUUCUCCGACCCACCAGCGCCACGAAAGUCCGUCGAAAUGACCUUUCUGGAAUUUCUGCUGCUCCUGCUGGUGCUCUACUAUGUGGGCUAUGUGCUCCUCUGGAUCCUGCUUGACUGCAAUGUGGCCCUGUGGUACAAAUCUCGCUUUGGAGUCUCCCUGUCGUCGAUGCGUGGACAGGUGGUUUGGAUAACAGGUGCCUCGAGCGGAAUUGGCCGAACAUUAGCCCUCAGCUUGGCCAAACAUGGAGUUAAGUUGGUGCUCAGUGCCCGCAGAGUGGAGAAAUUAGAGGAGGUGCAGGAGGAAUGUCUAGCUGCAGCUAGGGGCCUCCUGGCCACCAAAGAUGUGCUUAUUAUUCCCAUGGACAUGCUGGAUCUGGAUCAGCACAAAACACACCUUAACACGGUGCUCAACCACUUUCAUCGACUGGAUGUUUUGGUGAAUAAUGCCGGAAGAUCCCAACGAGCCAGUUGGACCGAAAUCGAGAUCGAGGUGGAUCGGGAACUGUUCGAACUGGAUGUUUUCUCCGUGGUGCAUCUUAGCCGGCUUGUGGUGCGGUACUUCGUGGAACAAAAUGGCGGAAGAGGGCAUUUGGCUGCCACAUCCAGCAUCGCCGGCUUUAGUCCAGUUCCAUUUUCACCGACUUAUUGUGCGGCCAAACACGCACUGAAUGCCUACCUGCUUUCGCUGAAGGUGGAGAUGCGUAAGCUGGAUGUAACCCUCUUUGCACCGGGGCCCAUUGCCACAGAUUUCCUGCAGGAGGCCUUCACGGGUUCUCAGGGCGGAAAAGUGGGCCAGAGUACCGCUAAUCAGAAGCGCAUGACUGCUCAGAGAUGUGGCGAACUUUUCGCUGUGGCCUUGGCCAAUAAGAUGGAUCUCACCUGGUGUGGAUUGUUCCCGGUGAACCUAUUGGCCUACUGCGCCAGAAAUCCAACGCUGACCAAGAUCCUGGCUCAGUUUAUGACAGAGAAGACGCUGAACAAGAUUCGCGAGGGUAAACUGUAAGUGGAUCCGUCGGACGCCUCGCCCUCUCCCUCCUCCAAAUGGUUCUCAGUCACCUUUUAUACUACUGUACAAUGUUUAACUACAUAAAGAAUAUAUUAACAUGAGAUUAAGA